AUGGAAGCUUCAAAUAUAAAUGGAGAUGAACUAGUAUCAAUUUUUGAUAAGAAAUGUACAAUGUCUGCUAAGGAAGCUCCUACAUCUGGACCUCAUUCUAUAACGAUUUGUAAAUCUGAGUCAGGGUUUGGUUUUAAUGUAAAAGGUCAAGUUAGCGAAGGAGGUCAACUACGUUUUUAUUGCGGCCAGUUAUAUGCACCACUACAGCAUGUUAGUGCCGUGUUGCAUGGUGGGGCAGCUUACAAGGCUGGAUUACGUCAAGGCGAUCGGAUUGUUGAAGUAAAUGGUGUUAAUGUGGAAGGUGCUAAUCAUCGUCAAGUUGUUGAACUGAUAAAAGCGGGUGGUGACAGAUCACUUCCCAUCACUAUACCCAAUUACCAGACAGUAAGUACGGAAGAUGAACAGUUUGUUGCCUAUUCGAUUCAUAUGGCCGGUCGUCAUUUGGGUUCGCGUCGUUUCAGCGAGUUUCUUCAACUUAACAAAUUGCUCAAAGAAGAAUUUUCUGAUUUUUCCUUUCCAAAAUUACCAAACAGGUGGCCUUUUCGCAUGUCAGAACAACAACUAGAUGGACGUAGACGUUUACUUGAACAGUAUUUGGAGAAAAUUUGUGCUGUAAAAGUUAUAGCUGAUUGCGAAAUUGUUCAGGAAUUUUUUAUGGAAGAUUCUAGUUCAAGUAGUCCAGUUUUGAAUGUUUCUCUUCGUCUACUUGUUUGCGGUGAAACACUUACAUUAAAUAUUAAAAGACAUAGUGACACACAUCAAGUCUAUCAACAAGUAUUGGAACAUCUCAAAUUAUCCCCUCGAGCGGCAGCUAAUUGUGCGCUUUUUGAAAUGAUUGAUGACACGCACUUUCGUCGUUUACAUGAACGGGAAUGCCCUCAUAAUAUUUAUAUUCAAAAUUAUUCUUCUGCCGCAAGCUCUUGCAUUGUUCUACGCAAAUGGUGUUUUGAUGUGAGCACUGAAGAAAAGCUUUGCGAACUUGACAGUCGAUUUAAAGCAAUAUGCUUUCACCAAGCAGUGGAGGAUAUUAAUAGUGGCAGUAUUCGAGCAGGGGAAAAGCUUUAUCAACUGAAAGCUUUGCAAAGGGAUGAUCGCUGCGAUCAGUACUUGAACUUGGCACGUCAACUUGAAGGCUAUUCAAGUAUUUCGUUUCCACAAUGUCAAUUUGAAGUACCAGAAACUGAAGAAGGUCUUGCCGUACUCACCGUCGAUAUGAAAAUUGUUUCAUUGAAGGUUCAAAAAGAUCAUGUUCAAAAGGGACGUACUAUUAGCUUGAAAUGGUCUAACAUUAUUGGAUACUCUGUUUUUCCUGAGAGCCAUGUGUUUCAACUCAAAUAUUUUCGCGGCGAUUCCGAGAAAGAACUCAACCUCAUCUCAGUUUUUUGUGAAUCUAUAUUUGAUGUGUUCAAUCGUGUCUCAGCUGAAUUGAAGGCCAGUUCUUCUAAUGUUGAUUAA